AUGACCAAUAAAUACCCUCACGCGGAUCAUCUGACCAAUGAGGAGGUAGAUUAUGAGUUGGUCAUACGGGGUAGAACGGGGCAGGUGAAAGAUGAGCCUGAAGCCAAAUAUCGGCUAUUGAGGAAUUUAUUUUAUGAAGAUGCACGGGAGAAUAGAGAUUAUCCUUCUCCGUAUACCAUUGAUCAGGAGUUUGAUUACAUUUUGGGAAAAUUAGAGAUUUUGAGGGGAAUGUUGGACAAAGGACCCGACGAUAGAGUUACGUCGCGUCUAAAACAUUUUUUACUGCGAGUAGCGCGAUGUAAGACUCCCGAUUCGUCGUCCGAACGAAUGCAGAGAGAACUCUUACACGAGAUACGGGCCUUGUUGAACAGAACUAAUGGACGGAAGAUAACUAAAGGAAAACAGAGUAGAGAGUUGGCUGCCGACACUCGUAGAAGCGAUUUGUUGUCCCAACAUGAAGAAUUAGAAGUUGAGGAGGACAUACUGGGAGCGGAAGGACGAGACGACCAGCAAGAUCUGACGAAGGGAACUUAUGAUCGUUUUGGCUCCAAUCAAGGUGCGAUCAAGAAGCAGUUGGAACGGACACCCGAACAGGUGUCACGGGUGGAAUCUAGCCAGCAACAACAAGCAUUGCUGAGUCGAAUCGCUGAACUGGAGAAGGAAUUAUCGGAGACUCGCUUGUCCGCAUCAGUAACUGUAGUAGAUAGGCACUCUGAGGGAGGAAAUCCAGGGGAGCCACUCGGGUGGCGUUCCUCGAGACCACUUGGCUCGCGAACCGCUAGAUCGAUGCCGGUUGAUCAACAUAUUAGCCCUCCUACUACCAACCUUCGUCAGAUGUCCAGAUCCUUUAUCUCGCGGAACGCUCGGUCCACGUUCAUGGAAGGAGCCAUUUAUUCUCAUCCGGGUAUGGACCGUACAAACUUAGAUCCUCCGCAACAGUUUCGCAGCGGUUGGUCCUCCGGUUACGUUCGAAGUACUGCAAAAGAUCGACCCGCCGAGAAUAAAAAUUGGGACCCUCCAGCGACUAAUAACUUCUGCAAAUAUGCAGGCACUUCACACCGCGAGCGACGAGAUAGUUUGGUUUCAGGUGGAUCGCGAACGUAUUCCGAGGACUCCCGUCGGCAGGGCGUUGUAUCCUACAACUUGGGCGAAUCCUACCGUUAUGCUUCGGACGAAAGUACGAAUGACGAGAGGGAUUGGCGUACCAGAGAUCAUCAACCAAGGAGAGGUAGAGAAGACCAUCGACCACGGAGAGGUAGAGAAAGAGAAUGGUACACCGAGGCGGAUCAACCAAGAAGACGUAGGGAAAGGCGAAUAAGCGAUGCUGAAAUACAAAACGCCGAUCGACGUAUGGAAAAGUGGCACCUAACCUUCAGCGGAGAUGCUCGUCAACGUCCCUUGGAAGAUUUUCUGCAUAAAAUUCGCCGAUUAGCAAAAAUGGACCGAGUAGCGGAUGAUGUACUUCUGCAACGUGUUCAUACGAUCCUCCGGGGAGCAGCGUACGACUGGUACCUAUGCUAUUCCGACGAGUUUCUCGAUUGGAAUGAUUUUGAAGAGAAAAUAAGGUACAUGUUUGGGAAUCCCAACAAGGAUCAAGGAAACCGCCAAAAAAUUUACGAACGAAAACAACUUCGUUAUGAAACAUUUCUGACUUUCAAAAUGGAAAUCGAAAGAUUGAACAAACUCCUGACGCGACCGUUAGAUUCGGACCGAAUUUUCGAGGUUAUCUGGGACAAUAUGCGGCCUCACUACCGAUCGAAGUUGGCUUGUCGAACGGUACGUGACCUCAAAAAACUGGAAUACUAUGCGUACCGCAUAGAUGCACAUGACCCAGCGUACCGCCAGACGCGAGAAGGACUAUCGCGACCAGCUCAUAUUAACAGAAUCGAGGUUGAAGGAGAAGAGGAGGAUUCGUACUCAUCUUAUUCGGAGACCGAGGAGAUAAACGCGAUAGGAAGGAGGUACUAUCGUGAGCGGAAACGACCCUCGCAACCGCCGCAGCAGCAUAGCGUUAACCCAGAAGCUGGGAGAAUAGUUCCCUUGUGUUGGAAUUGUCGUGCGACUGGACACUUAUGGAGACAGUGCAAAGAAGAGAAACGAAUCUUCUGCUACGUCUGCGGAACUCUCGGGAAGACGACGACUACAUGCGAGAACCACCCCAGAAGUCCACCGACGGACACCAAACGAGUCUGUGAAGUUAGAGUUCAAACCGAAAGCUGCCCACACAUCUCUGUUAAGGUAUUCGAUACCGAUUACGACGCUCUACUGGAUUCUGGAGCCAGCGUUAGCGUUACCAAUAUUAAGGAUAUCGCGAAACGAAAUGGUUUAGAGCUAGAACCGAGUCCUUUAAAAAUUGUGACCGCUGACAAAACCGUACAUGAGAGCCUUGGUUACGUACAAUUGCCGAUAAGAUUCCGGGGCGUAACAAAAAUCAUUCCAACACUCGUAGUGCCACAAGUAUCCCGAGCGUUAAUCCUGGGUUACGAUUUUUGGAAACGGUUCGGCAUUCAGCCUAUGAUAUUGGGCGAGAACGGCUUCGAACAAAUUAGUACGAUUCAGGAGAUCGACAGUGCAAAACCCAGUCACGAGACAGUACAGAUACCGAUGCUACCCAUUACAACACUUCCCGUUUUGCAACAAGGUGAGCCGGAUGAAACUCUGGAUAUCCCUGCUUUGGAGUUGCCGGAAGCUUCGAGAACCACACCGGAAACCAUCGAAACAGAGCACGAAUUGACACAAGGAGAACGUAUACAACUCGUGGAAGCAAUUAAGUUGUUCCCGUGUACUACCGAGAAUCGGUUAGGGAGGACAUCUCUAUUGCAGCAUGAAAUCGUGUUGCGAGACGAGGCCAAGCCAAUACGAACGCCUUUAUACCGUUGUUCCCCGGCUGUACAGGCCGAAAUGGAAGCAGAACUGGAGAGAUAUAGACGGAUUGAUGCCAUCGAAGAGUGCACCAGUGAGUGGGCAAGUGCCUUAGUUCCCGUUCGGAAAGCGAACGGAAAGCUUAGGGUAUGUCUUGAUUCCCGACGAAUAAAUGCGUGGACCAAAAAGGACUCCUAUCCGAUGCGCAACAUGGGAGGUAUAUUUAACCGCCUGGGUAAGGCUACCUAUUAUUCGGUUGUGGAUCUGAAGGAUGCGUAUUUCCAAAUUCCGUUGAAAGAGGAAUGUCGGGAUUAUACCGCCUUCAGAACCCCACAAGGCCUGUUCCGUUUUAAAGUUUGUCCAUUCGGGUUGACCAACGCCCCGUUCACGAUGUGCCGCUUGAUGGACCGCGUAAUUGGAUUCGAUCUAGAACCUAAUGUUUUCGUAUAUCUUGACGACAUCGUAAUUGCAACGAAAACAUUUAGCGAGCAUGUGCGACUUUUGCGCAUUGUGGCGGAUCGCCUAACCAAAGCCAACCUUACGAUUUCUCUUGAUAAAAGCCGUUUUUGUCGAAAGCAGGUAACUUAUUUGGGUUACUUGCUUACGGAGGACGGAGUGUCGAUCGACAACAGUCGCAUUUCUCCAAUUCUCGAUUAUGCUCGACCAAGAAACGUAAAGGAUAUACGCAGGCUGUUAGGGCUUGCAGGAUUCUAUCAACGUUUCAUUCGAGACUACAGCCGAAUUGUCGCUCCAAUAUCUGACCUGCUUAAGAAAGCGAAAAAUAGCUUCCGAUGGACUGAUGCGGCCGAAAAUGCGUUUGAGGAACUACGAACGGCUCUUAUAUCCGCGCCAAUCCUUGGAAACCCUGACUUUAAUCUUCCAUUUACGAUCGAGUCGGAUGCUUCUGACAAUGCAGUUGGAGCAGCCCUUCUGCAACAACAAAACGACCAACAGAAGGUAAUCGCUUAUUUCAGCAAAAAACUAAGCAGUACCCAGCGGAAAUAUGCUAGCGUGGAGAAGGAAUGUUUGGGAGUAUUGUUGGCGAUCGAACACUUCCGUCACUACGUCGAAGGCACUCGGUUUAAGGUGGUCACCGAUGCGCGUAGUUUGCUCUGGCUCUUUACCAUCGGGGUAGAAUCCGGGAACGCCAAACUGCUAAGAUGGGCCCUUAAAAUUCAGUCUUAUGAUAUCGAGCUGGAGUAUAAGAAAGGUAAAAAUAACAUUCUAGCGGAUUGUCUUUCUCGAUCGGUGGAGACCAUCUCACUUCAGCAGGCAGAUCUGGAAUAUCGGAAUCUUGCAACGAGAAUCUAUAAAGAACCCACCAAAUUUCCGGACUUUCGCGUGAUAGAUGAACGGAUUUGGAAGCUCGUAAAGCAGGAUAGCAAAAUAGAGGAUGCACGAUUCCAAUGGAAAAGUUACCCUCCAAUGGCUGAACGAGAAGAGUUAGUUCGCGAUGUACACGAGAGAGCCCACCUGGGUGCAGAAAAAACAUUGGCCGCUUUGAGGGAACGGUAUUAUUGGCCGAGGAUGAGUAGCGAAGUAAAACGUUUCUGUCGAAGAUGCUUGAUUUGUCAAACCAGCAAAGCCACGAACCAAAACACCACCGCACCGAUGAACGAGCAAAAGAAAAUCGUUCAGUACCCCUGGCAGUUUCUCGCAAUGGAUUACGUCGGUCCACUUCCAGCAUCAGGGAAAGGUCGGAGUACUUGCUUGUUGGUAAUAACUGACCUUUUCAGCAAGUUUGUAAUUGUACAGCCAUUUCGACAAGCUACUGCUGACUCGUUAGUCCAUUUCGUCGAAAACUCGCUGUUUCUGUUGUUUGGCGUACCGGAAGUUAUUCUUUCGGACAACGGAACUCAAUUCGUUUCUGCUUCGUUCCGAAAUCUGUUAACUCGGUACCAUGUGACCCAUUGGAGGACACCAAAUUACCAUCCGCAGAUUAAUGACACCGAACGAGUUAACCGAGUGAUCACCACCGCCAUACGUGCUUGUAUCCGCAAAGACCAUCGCGAAUGGGCAAACAAUUUACAACAAAUUGCCAGUGCGGUACGGAACUCAGUACAUGACGCUACGCGGUAUACCCCGUAUUUUGUGCUAUUCGGAAGAAACAUGGUAUCGGACGGGCGUGAAUAUCGGCACCUCCGAGAUGCAUCUUCCACUCAUGAUGGGCAACUGAAAGACGACGAACGAGAUAAGCUUCUAGCAGAUGUCCGGAAGAACCUCAAGUCGGCCUACGAGAAACAUUCUUCGUACUAUAACCUUCGGUCGAAUGCCAACUGCGCUACCUACUCUGUUGGAGAACGAGUCCUCAAGAAGAAUACCGAGCAAUCGGACAAAGAGAAGGGUUUUUGCGCUAAGCUAGCUCCGAAAUAUGUGCUAGCUGUGAUAAAGCGAAUCGUGGGUUCUCAUUGCUACGACCUAGAGGACUUGAAGGGAAAACGAUUAGGUAUUUUUAAUUGCGCAUAUUUAAAAAAGCUCAAUUCCCAAUCGCCUUCACCUUCUUAA